CUAUUAAGAGCGACCGCCGCGCCGCAGCGUCCCAAUGAUCGUCUGAUCUGUGACGUUCGCGAGAAUUCUUUACGAGUUUUCCCGUCUACGACCAAACUACCAAUCUGCGAAAAUUAGAUUGACCGUGAGGGAAUCCCCGCAAACGCAUCGCGCGACUUGUUGCGCUGAACCCGUCACUCUAUUGUGGGAGAUCAGCCAGGAAAGAGAGAAGAAGCGUUCUGCGUGAGAUGGAUUGCAGUUUCUUCUGGCGGCGGUACAACGAAACAGAGCUCUCAGCUUAUACCGGAGAGGAGCUUGAAGAGAUCGUCGCGACGCUGAAGAUGAAAAUACAAGAAGCACUGUGGGAGUAUGACGAGCUGGACGAGGAGAACACUUCGUUGGACAUGCAAGCCUCGGCAAGGCUCGUGGUCAUCGAUCAGCUGCUCGACCUGCGCACGGAGCGUACAAGAGAUAUGGACCAUUAUUUCCGAGGAGUUCAAAUGUCGGUCGCAGGCGUUAGACAGAAGCAAGCUAAGAAACAAUCGCAAGUCAAAUCGAUCAAAGGCAGCUGACUAGCGGUCUUUCUCCUCCGAUUGACCGAGUGGUUACCGCUUUGGCCGAAGCUCAAGCUCCACAGCUGAUUUCCGU